AUGUCGGACUUUUUCCGCAGAGCAUCUGACGCGCUCCAGCAUCGCCAGCGUCAAGGCUCCGCCGACUCGACGGAUGCACCCAAGUCCCCCGACGCAGCAAAUCACCCUGAACCAGAUAUGAUCAAACAGCAGGCUGGGACUAAUCAGCCUGAAUCUCGCGUUCCCGAGGCGUCUGCUGGUGGAGCGGCUGCCAGUGACGCCCAUCCCAAACACCGCUAUUGGGUCUGGGGACACCGUCAGGAAAAUAAGCCCCUUGAAACGCAGCAAUCCAACCAGGGCCGAAAAGAUGAUACCGAUUGGGUUAUUGGCUCGUAA